GAGUAUAAAAAAGGGGUCUUUACUUCUAUAUUAUUAUUAUAGUAUUAGAUUUAUAUUAGCAAUUUACUGAUUCACUUUCCUUUUUUAUGUUUGUACAGCGGCAGAACCGUGAGGCCUGUGGGAAACCCUCCUGUGCGGCAGUGAUGGGCCCCAGGUAUUCCUAUUUAUUGAUCAUUUUGAUGACCAUUGGAAUCCUCACGCACCAUUGUGAUUGUGCACCAGUUCUGAAGAUCAAAAAUUUUGAUGUUUUACAUCAUCAACUGACUCUGAGGCCAAAUACCCGGAGUCUUAUUCCCUGCAAGUUUGCUGCAGUGCGUCCAAUAGAUGCAACCAAAAUGGUACUUGAAUGGGGUAAAAUCUCUGGAGAUGAUGGAAAAUACACCCCUCUUAUCCAGCUGAAUAGCGAUGGAGUCAAAACUUUCUCAGAGGACGGCAAGAAAUAUGAGCUUUUUGUACCCCUUGUAAGGAAAGGGAACUGCACCUUGGUUAUCAAACCCACCGGUGCUACAGACAAUGGAGCUUAUGAAGUUUGGAUGACACUAGAUGGAGAGCUGUAUGAAUCGUUUUCCCGAACCAGAAUUACAGUUUCGGGUGGGUCACGGGCAUUAGGGUCCCGUGCAGAAGCUCCAACUACCAAAAUGACCCCAACAGCCAUAAAGAAUACGGCUGCAAUGAACUCUAAAGAGCCAAUAGGAGUCAAGAACAGCAGUAACUUCUUUGCUUUACUUCUUGAAAAACAUGGAAAAUCGGCAAUUAUUGUGGUGAUAGCGGUUCUAUCAUUUCUUACACUGACCUCAGUGACAUCCCUGGUUGUAUGUUGUCUAUAUUGCUGCUCGGGAGAUGAAGAGCCAUCUGCGGAUGAAGAGACCCCAAAGGAGAGCACCCCACAAACAACUCAAGAGGAGACCAGUCUCCAAGUUGAGGAUGAGACCACAUCUGAAACAUCUGGUCAGAAAAGGGGUGAAAUAGUAUCAUAUGAGAGAGAAGAGCCUGCUAAAUAUUCUACUUCGGAAUCAGAACCAGACUCGUCAUAUAAAGGAACAGAUACUGAGUCAGACUUAAGUGACUCGGGAUAAGUGAGACUUGAAAUGUGAAGUCAGCAUCUGAUGCUCAAAACUAAGGAAGAGCCAUAAGAAAUACCUGUAAUUGCUACAAAUAUGCCAGGAGAGUCCUGAAUCACAGACCCCGAAAUGGGCGGGUUUUGGGUGGAUUGGGGGUGUGAUCCCCUCACAUUUCGGUCUGUGAUUUUAGACUUAAUUCUGCUAGAUACUAUAUAUCAUGACCUGGAUGAAUGAGACAGAAGACAGAAGAGAAACUAAAUUAAAAUUCUCACUAAAUUUGUGAGAAUUUGGAUAUUUUUUUACUUAAAUGUUUAAGCUGAUAUGUUUAUACAAUAAAUAAGAUAAAAUAUACA